AUAAAAAACUAUAAGCGAUAGGAAAAAAAGUUAGAUUCUUGACAUAUUGUCAGCAAAUCAAAUUGUAUUGUGCUAUGACUUUCGAUUUACACAUACAGUUAACUCAAUUCUAUCAUACAGUGACAGGUUUUUGUAUUGGAUUGUACACAGGUUCUUCGACUGUGAAGGCAAUAAAAAAAAUAGUGUGAAAAAGCGAUUCAAAGACAGUAACGAAAAUAAUGAACGUGGCUAUUAAAGUAUUUCUAGCGGAUUGACAUUUGCAGAUUUACUAAGAAAAGAAAAAUGGUCAUCUAAACUCUUUUGGCAUUGUUGAGCCACGUUUCGUUUCAAAGCAUUUUUUUUUUGCUAUUCAAUAAUGUUUGUCCGUCUGCUUUAAGUCGAAUAGUUGCAUAUUUUGCGCAGUUGAACUGUUGUAUUUAUUUUAUUUACAAAAAAUCUAGUGAAUUGGACAAACAAAAGUUGAAAUUGUGGGCGAAAUUGUUUGUUUUCGGUUAAUCGUUGGAUUGGUAGAGUGUGCUGGUGGAGUUCGAGUGAAUACAAAUGGGGAGAUGGCUGAAGCAGUGGCAAAAUCGAAUUCGGUCGCUGCAAAUGCCAAGCCAGAUAGCAGAAAUGAUGUGGAAAUGAAAGGAUUCUUACUAAAAUGGACAAACUACAUCAAAGGGUAUCAACGGCGUUGGUUCGUUCUAUCUGGUGGCAUUCUUUCAUACUACAGAAACCAAGCCGAAAUGAGUCAAACUUGUCGCGGAACCAUUUCAUUACACAGCGCACUCAUACACACAGUCGAUUCAUGUACAUUUGUCAUCACGAAUGGCGGAACACAAACGUUUCACAUCAAGGCAGGCAACGAAGUCGAACGUCAAAAUUGGGUGACUGCAUUGGAGCUGGCCAAAGCGAAGUCGAUACGUGCAAUCGAAAUCGAUGAGGAGGAAGACGAUAAAAAUGUGCUUUCGGUACCCAGUCAGGAAUUAAAUGCUGCCAUUUCUGAACUUUCAUUGAAAUUGGAAAAUUUACGAACUUGCAACGAUCUUAUAUCAAAAAACGGGCGAGCGCUACAAAUCGUACUUGCUGAAUUGGAGAGCGGCGACGAUUUGGCGAGCAAAACCAAGCUAGUCACUGAGCGUGCGACACUGUUUCGCAUUUCCUCAAAUGCUAUGAUCAACGCAUGCAGCGAUUAUCUUCAAACAGCUCAAAGUCAAGGUCACAAGUGGUCGAAAAUGCUACAACAUGAACGCGAUCAGAGACAACAGCUACAAGAGAUGGUUGAGCAGCUCGCGAGACAACAUUCUCACUUAGAGGAGGCUGCACAUCGUCAUCGGCCAAAUCCAGUGAGUUCGACCACAUCUGAUGAUGAUGAAAAUGAGUUUUACGAUGCACAAGAACUAUCCGAAAUGGAUGGAACGUUCUGUCUGAAAAUACCGCCCACUCGAAGCAUAAACGACAUCAACGGAGGCAGUUCCUCUGAAAGCGAAGAACUUAAUAGCUGUGAAACCGAGCCGCCGCAAUCGAAAAUUCCUGUACAGUCGAAAACUAGUGAUUCAAACCCUUCUGACGAAUCAACGAUUCAAACUAGCAGUGAUGUCGCUGUUGCUGUUGUGAAUAAAGCCGGUCGCAAGCGACGCACGCGUAUCAGGGAGAAGCCAAAUCAUUCGGUGAAUUUGUGGUCAAUUAUGAAAAAUUGCAUCGGAAAGGAUUUAUCAAAAAUUCCAAUGCCAGUGAACUUCAAUGAACCAAUCUCGAUGCUACAGCGUUUGACUGAAGAUUAUGAAUAUUCUGAGCUUCUUGAUAGAGCCUCUGCUUGUACAGAUCCAUGUGAGCAAUUGGCUUAUGUGGCCGCUUUCACAAUAUCGAGUUAUUCGACGACGUUAAAUCGAACAGGAAAACCAUUCAACCCUCUCUUAGGCGAAACGUAUGAAUGUGAUAGAACCGAUGAUUUGGGUUGGCGUUGUAUCGCUGAACAGGUGAGCCAUCAUCCUCCAAUGGCUGCGAUUCAUUGUGAAGGCAAAGAUGGCAAGUGGUCUUGCUGGCAAGAGUUUACAAUGACUACGAAAUUUCGUGGGAAAUAUUUGCAAGUGAUUCCGUUGGGCAACGCGUAUGUAGAGUUCCAUAAAUCGGGCAAUCGAUACAGCUGGAGGAAGGUCACAACGACCGUUCAUAACAUCAUUGUAGGCAAACUUUGGGUUGAUCAUCACGGUGAUAUGGAUAUCAUGGGGCGAAAUUCAGCCAAAGGUUACAAGUGUCAUUUGAAGUACAUUCCAUAUUCGUACUUCUCGAAAGAUUCGCAACGAAAAGUCAAGGGUGUCAUCAUGGAUCGUGAGGGUCAAGCGAAGUAUGUAUUGAAUGGCAAUUGGGAUAAUAAAAUAGAAUAUGCUGCUGUGACCAGUGUUAGUGGAUCAACAGACAGUCCGAUCUAUAAAACUGGUAAUUAUAUAACGCUUUGGACGCGUCGUCUACCACCACCCGACAGUGAUAAAUAUUAUAACUUUACGGAACUUGCUUGCCAACUGAAUGAGAUGGAGGAAGGCGUUGCCCCAACCGAUUCAAGACUUCGACCUGAUCAACGUCUUAUGGAAGAAGGUCAAUGGGAAGAAAGCAACCAGGAAAAAAUUAGACUUGAGGAGAAACAACGCGCUUCACGGCGAAAACGGGAAGCCGAAGCCGAAUCAGCUGCAUCAAACAAGAUAGCUUUCGCACCCUACGAACCAUUAUGGUUUGAAAAAGUCAAAGACGAGGACUGUGAAGGUUUCGAUCACUUGAUGCACGUUUAUAAGGGGAAUUACUGGGAGGCAAAAAAGAACGGCGAUUGGAAACAAUGUCCACACAUUUUUUAGUAUUAAUUUUUCCACCGCUAAGUCGUUUCGAUCUAUUUGAACAACACGAACCAAUCGCUAAUAUACUAUAACAACUACUUAUUUUUGUUGAUUAUUUUUCGCAGUUCGAAACAAUAAAAAAAUAUAUUUAAAAAUAAGAGAAAAAAAUGGUAGAAUUUGUUAACAGAAAAAUUAAUUGUUUCAGUUGAAAUAAACGCAAUAGUUUUACAAUCAAAUUGAAUUGAAAAUGUUAAAUGAGUUAUUAUUAUCAUUAUUAUUAUAAUUAUUUUAUCAAACAAUUAUUAUACAGACAUAUUUCAUAUAACUUUCAAUUAUGUAAUUGACAUCAACAAUAUACUGCGGAAUAAAUUGAAUUUGAUUAAAUAAAUUUGCCCGUUGAAUGAAAUAUGCAUGUCGAUGAAAAUGACAAAUGCCCCUUUG